AUGGAGUUCGGGGAUCUAUUUCUAAAUGACUUCAGGCUAACAGAGCGGAGAUCUUUAGGGGCGUAUCUGCUCUACGCUAAAUUGAGCAAGUGUGAGUUCUGGUUGCAUGAGGUAACUUUUCUGGGGCACGUGGGCUCUGCUGAAGGGAUUCGAGUUGAUCUUAAGAAGAUUGAGGCUGUGCUUGAUUGGAAACAGCCUAAGAAUGUAUCGAAAAUUUGUAUUUUUCUGGGCCUUGUGGGGUAUUAUUGGCAUUUUGUUGAGGGGUUAUCUCUGAUUGUAGCUCUUUUGACUAAGCUCCUGCACAAGGGUGUUCCAUUUGUCUGGACUGAUGCUCAACAAUCGAGCUUUGAGAAGCUCAAGAUGACUGAGUUGGGUGAACGUCGAGUUUUGGGUCCUGAGUUAGUUUUUGACACCGAAGAUAAAGUUAGACUGAUAUGGCAUCAUCUGAAGGCAGCUUCUGAUAGACAGAAAUCUUAUACAGAUCUGAAGAGGCAUGAUAUUGAGUACUCUGUGGGGGAUUUUAAGUCCCAGAAUGAGCCUGUUGGUUCGAGUGGUAAGGAGGUUGUUGUGUUCGAGGUCCUGUGUUCGAAUCUCUGCAUAAGCAAGAGAGUUUAUUUUUGCUCCGGUUGUCUGAGAGUGUUUGGAUAG